AUGUCGCAGCCACCAGUCUUGAAGUCACCCACAAAGGGACCCGCGGCCGCAAGCCCAAGCCUAAGCUCCAUCCCCAUCUCAUUCCCAACCAAACCAAUCUCGAGCAGAAAGCUUCCUGACCUUGAAGCAGCGCUGAAGAAAGUAGCUUCCGCACGGAGCAAGUUUCAUGUGCGAAAGGUUGGCCUGUUGGUCCGGUGGGAAAACGAUGACGCUGGUGCGGACAAUGACUUGGUGACAAUGGAAUCAAUUCUGAAACCGCUUGGGGUCGAAUGCAACACAUUUGUGAUCUCGAAUUCGGAAAAAACACCCGCCUGGAACCUCCAAGAGAAGCUCAGAAAAGUCCUUGGACCAUGCAUCCGGUCGUCACUACCCUCUCUGUUCAUUUUCUAUUAUGCUGGUCAUGCUGGUAUUCAUGAUAAUUCUCUGCACUUCACGUCACGCCACAAACGAAUUCAGUGGGAUGCCGUCAGAAUUCAUCUGCAAACUGCUGAGUCAGUGGAUUCUCUGGUGAUACUCGAUUGCUGCCAUGCGGCCGCUGCAGCACGGUCGCCCAGCUCGACAACGAACAUUCACAUCAUUGCGGCGUGCGGAGUUCAUGAAAUUGCGUCCGAACGCUCAAAUUGCGCUUCGUUUACCCAAAGACUGUUCCAAGCCAUGAAAAAGUUCAAGGACCAAGGGAAUUUCACAACGGCUGAGUGGUACCAGCAAGUACAACUCGAGAAGCCUAAGAAUGUCCCCUACGCCGUGUUUGAAACGUUAAGCGGGACCGGAACAAUCGGCCUUGUGUUCAGUGAUACUAGUCCAUCCUGUCUCCCUCGGCCAGUAUCUGGAGUGAGCCAAAAGCAGGUGAUAGUGAAGCUGACGCUUGAGGGGCAACGAGACACUGUGGGUAGCUUUUCAAAAGCCGUUCGCUCACUCCCGCCGAACAUGAAAGUUGAGGUCUGCAGUGCAUUCGAAACCGAUGCCUCUGUUUUCUUUAUCCUGCAGAUGACAUGGGAAGGGUGGGUUCUGUGGACCAAGGCUAUACACUUGGACUUUGUGGGUGUAACGCACAGCCCUGAUUUACUCCCCUGA